GGUCCCGCCAGUUCCCCGCGGAGAGACGAGCCCGGGCGGAGGCCCAGGAGCAGUGCCGAGACGCGCUCUAUGGGCACAGGGAGCCGCUGAGCGAGAAGAGCCCCCGCCGCCCCACGCACCUCGCGCCUGCCGCUCUCCAGGCCCGGCCGCGCCGCCGCCAUGAACCACUCGCCGCUCAAGACCGCCCUGGCCUACGAAUGCUUCCAGAACCAGGACCACUCGACGCUGGCGCUGCCCUCGGACCAGAAGAUGAAGAUGGGCACGUCGGGCAGCCAGCGCGUGCAGCAGCAGGUGAUGAUGACGGCCAAGCGGCACAAGUCCAAGUCCUCGCAGUCGUCCACCCUGAGCCACUCCAACCGAGGCUCCAUGUACGACGGCCUGGCAGACAGCUACAACAACUACAACAACUAUGGGACCGCGAGGAGCAGCUACUACUCCAAGCUCCAGAUGGGCAACGGCUCGUGGGGCUACCCGAUCUACAACGGGACCCUCAAGAGGGAGGCGGACAACCGGCGCUUCAGCUCCUACAGCCAGAUGGAGAACUGGGGCCGCCAGCACCCCCGGAGCAGCUGCCACGCAGGCAGCGACAUCUGCUUCAUGCAGAAGAUCAAGGCCAGCCGCAGCGAGCCCGACCUCUGCUGCGACCCCCGGGGCACCCUGCGCAAGGGCACGCUGGGCGGCAAGGGCCACAAGACCGCCCAGAGCCGCUACAGCUUCUACAGCACCUGCAGCGGGCAGAAGGCCACCAAGAAGUGCCCCGGGCGCCCGCCCUCCUGCAUCUCCAAGCAGGAGCCCGUGUGCGUCCCGCCCACCUCCUGCAACAAGGACGCGUCCUUCAGCCACUCCCGGGCCAGCUCCAAGAUCUGCAGCGAGGACAUUGAGUGCAGUGGGCUGACCAUCCCCAAGGCCGUGCAGUACCUGAGCUCCCAGGACGAGAAGCUGCAGGCCAUCGGGGCCUAUUACAUCCAGCACACCUGCUUCCAGGAUGAGUCGGCCAAGCAGCAGGUCCAUCAGCUGGGCGGCAUCAGCAGGCUGGUGGACCUCCUGCGCAGCCCCAACCAGAACGUGCAGCAGGCGGCGGCCGGCGCCCUGCGCAACCUGGUCUUCCGGAGCAGCACUAACAAGCUGGAGACCCGGAGGCAGGGGGGCAUCCGGGAGGCCGUCAGCCUCCUGCGGAGGACCGGGAACACGGAGAUCCAGAAGCAGCUGACCGGGCUGCUCUGGAACCUGUCGUCCACCGAUGAGCUGAAGGAGGAGCUCAUCUCGGACGCGCUGCCCGUCCUGGCCGACCGCGUCAUCGUCCCCUUCUCCGGCUGGUGCGACGGCAACAGCAACAUGUCCCGGGAGGCGGUGGACCCUGAGGUCUUCUUCAACGCCACCGGCUGCCUGAGGAACCUGAGCUCGGCCGACGCCGGCCGCCAGACCAUGCGGAACUACACGGGGCUCAUCGACGCCCUCCUGGCCUACGUGCAGAACUGCGUGGCGGCCAGCCGCUGCGACGACAAGUCCGUGGAGAACUGCAUGUGUGUGCUGCACAACCUGUCCUACCGCCUGGACGCUGAGGUGCCCACCCGCUACCGGCAGCUGGAGCACAACUACCGCAGCACCUACACCGACAAGUCCUCCACCGGCUGCUUCAGCAACAGGAGCGACAAGAUGAUGAACAACAACUAUGACUGCCCCCUCCCCGAGGAAGAGCCCAACCCCAGGGGCAGCGGCUGGCUGUACCACUCGGACGCCAUCCGCACCUACCUGAACCUCAUGGGCAAGAGCAAGAAGGACGCCACGCUGGAGGCCUGCGCGGGGGCCCUGCAGAACCUGACGGCCAGCAAGGGGAUGAUGUCCAGCGGCAUGAGCCAGCUGAUCGGGGUGAAGGAGAAGGGGCUGCCGCAGAUCGCCCGCCUGCUGCAGUCGGGCAACUCGGACGUGGUGCGCUCCGGGGCCUCCCUGCUGAGCAACAUGUCCCGCCACCAGCCGCUGCACGGCUUGAUGGGGAACCAGGUGCUCCCAGAAGUAGCCCGGCUCCUCACCAGCCACACCGGCAACACCAGCAACUCGGAGGAUAUCCUGACCUCGGCCUGCUACACCGUGCGGAACCUGAUGGCCUCCCAGCCGCAGCUGGCCAAGCGGGUCUUCUCUGGCAGCAUGAUCAACAACGUGGUCAACCUGUGCCGCAGCAGCAUCUCAUCCAAGGCCGCAGAAGCCGCCCGGCUCCUCCUGUCCGACAUGUGGUCCAUCAAGGAAGUUCAGAACAUCCUCAGACAGCAAGGGUUUGACCGGAACAUGCUGGGGACCUUAGCCGGGGCCAACAGCCUCAGGAACUUCACCUCCCGCUUCUAAGAGAGGGCCGCCCGAGCAGGACCGGCUUGCAGAUGCCACACGACCCCCAGGAGGGGCCUCAGGCCUGGCUGGAGGGUGGCUCUGGCCACCGGUGCAGUGUUUGGAGACGUUCAACGUGACGAGAACAAACUUGGAAGCUGACGAAGAUGGAACCAUUUUUAGAUUUUUUUUUUCCCUUGGGAGAACUUGCAAGCACUGGGGGUGGGCGGGGUGGGGGCUGUUCUUGAGUUAAGCGGGCUUUUUCUGAUGUCAAUACUUCUUCUGCUCAGAGCUGGUACUAUGUAUGUUGUAUCGCGUGCGUGUGCGGCACACGCAUGUGCACGCGACCGCAGACGGCGGGGAUUCCGUCGGGUUGUCCGACUGCCGGUCAGAGGCGGUAAAAGUGUCUCCUGCUUCCCACUCACAGUCCAGGGCGUCACGUUGAGGGGGUUGCCACGGGGACCGUCUCCGGGGGCGGCUCUGCAGGGAGGCUGGCUGGCGUGGAGGGGCUCGAGGUUCUCCCGGGACAGUCUGGUGGUCUGACGGGGCCGCCGCCCCGCAGUGCCACAGCACCGGGCUGGGCGGGGCUCGGGACCUCCGCCAGGCUGGCCCCGGGGGGAGGGGGCCGUGCUCCUCGGAGCGGACUCAGCCCAUGAGUGUGAGUGUGACCGCACUCCCCCGCGGGCUGGACACCCGCCUGUCACAGGAGAAGAGGGCAGGAGUGGUGCUCAGAGCCAGAGCCAGAGUCGUCCAGGCAGCGGCCUGCGGGGGGCACAGGCUGCGGCCCCCCAAGGGCCAUUUAGACAUUCGCCAGAGGGUACGCCCCCCCCCAACACGCUCGGGCGCCUGGGCACCUCAGUGAGGGAGGGCUUGGGGCUCAGGACCAUUGGAGGAAGGGAGGGAGAGUCCCCCAAAGGGACCAUCCUGUCUGGCCACCGACAAGCCCACGCCCCAGCCAGAGGUCCCCACCUUUCCCUGAGCCCCAGCCAGCCCAGCCAGGCCACCAGCUGUCCCCGAGAGCCCAGCCUCCCGUGCAUUUCAGGUGGGGAGCGGCAGGGCCUCCCCUCCCCCAGGGAAAAGCUUGCUGUAAAUAGGCUUUCAUGUGGCAGUAACAGGGCCCAGCACCGGGGUCCAGGACUUCCUGCCCCAGCCUCCAGGCCGCAGGUAGGAGCUCACCGCCUGGCCCGGCCCUCCUCCUCCCACACAGUUCGAGGGGCCCCCUGCUCGCCCCACACCCACCCUCCGCCCCCACACUGUCCCUGUCCAACCAGCAGUGGGGACGGGCAACACCCUUCGAGGCUGAGGGUGGCCCCGUUGGAGACCCGACACCCAGCACAGACCUGGGGGGACAGCCGUGUGACCCACCAGGCACCCUCGCUGCUGGGGGUCCCCCGGGAGGCCCUGGCGCACCCCCUCCUGGGCCGCACAGGUGAGCCGUGUCCGAGAGGGCGUCCUGGAAAGGGGUCCAGGGAUGUCACCCUCCCUGCCCGUCCCCGGGGCCCAGAGGGACUCCUUUCUGUA